AUGCAUCCUAAUGUGGUUCCUGUACAGCGGACUUCUGCUAGGAUCUACUACAAAUUGGCGCUGAUGAUAGGUGCUGCCUUGACUCCCGAAGUGAUAUUUUGCAUGGCUGUGUCGCAGUGGUUGGAAGCCAAACGUGUUUUGCGCGCCUGGCGCGCCGCAUGGGACGAUGACGAAAAGUUCCAAGAUUUCCAGGAUGUACUCGGGAUGCCUGGCGCUUUUUUUGUCACAAUGGGGGGCUUUGUUGUCGAUUCAAACAAAUUCAAAUCAGAACCGUGCGACCAAGGCAAGAAUUUGGGCGAUAAGGAAGCGAGAUAUCGAACAGAAACCGACGAAUUGAUCACUACCAUUGGUUCUCCUGGUUUUAUUUUAUUGUUGGAAAGAGGAAUCAUACGGAGACUGGUUGAAAGUGGCCAACUUACCAAGUCACAUUUCGAUCACAAUGUUAUUGAGGACAAGGGGAAGGCGAAUAAUAUCGCCAAGGCCAUUGUCGUUUGUCAGGCCAUGUGGUUGCUUGUGCAACUCAUAGGCCGAAAGUCAGCGGGUCUACCAGUAACACUUCUUGAGGCUCAUGUUGCCAUCCAGAUACUCUAUUCGGUAACUACGUACCUUUUCUGGUGGUCAAAACCAUUGAACGUUGCUGUGCCUAUCCCUAUCCCACUGGAUGCAGAUGCAGGUGAGAUGGGGGGACAUGAUCUUGAAAGCCCCAGCAUCAGCCUAUUCCGAGGACAAUCUUUCAUCACGGAGAGGAGAUCUAACGGUACAUUCGUCCAUAUGUCCUUUCGUGCAGCGUAUGAUUCUGUCGUGAUGCUUCAGCCCAUAGUGGAAUUUGUGCAAGCCUUUACUGCCAUAGUCAAUGGUGGUCUUCAUGCUACUUUGUGGAACUCGCACUUUCCGACAUCCAUUGAGCGCUUACUAUGGCGUCUAUCAGCUGUUGGAAUGGGACUGUUUCCGCUCCUUAUCUACCUUUUCAUCUAUGAUAAGGGCUUUGAACGUUUUUUCGUGCGAUAUUUAUACGAAGUCAGGUUUGACAAUGCGCCACUGGUCAGACAGCUAGUCAAUAUCAUCUAUGGCUUUUGGAAGAUGUAUAAGGAUGGCUCUAUGGAUAUACCAUUAGAAGAGCUUGAUAUCCCUGGAAAAUUAACGGCCAAAGAGAGCGUCAGUAGUGGUGCAGUUACCACAUUGCCUAUCGAAAGUAGCAAAAGCGAUAUGUAG